CUGUGCGCGCAAGGCGGGGCAGGCGGCAGAGCCGUGAGGCGGCGGCUGCGGGAGGCCGGGGUCCGCGCUCGGAGCCGCCCCAGCCCGUCUCUCCCGGAGCGCAGCGGCCGCGGCCGGGGAGGGGGCAGAGGCGCCGGCCAUGCGGAGCCCGGCGCGGGGCAGAGCCAUCCCGGGGGGGGGCUCCCGGCCCCCCGCGCCUCUCUGCGCCGCCCCGUGACAUGCGGCGGCGGCGAGACCCGGCUCCGAGCAGCCGCCGCCCCCAGCCAGAGCCACCCGGCGGCCGCCCGCCCAGCAGCGCCCAGCGCCGGUCCAGCUGCCCGUGGAGCCGUCCCAGCCCCCGCCGCCGGCCAGUGGGGUUCCCCUGCCCGCCGCCCGCCAUGGAGAGGGCGCCUGGAGCCGGCGAGCUGGGGGCUCGGGGGCGAGCUCGCCUUUGACCCAGCUCGGGGGGAGCUAGUGACUCGCUUCGGCUCCCGCUUGUCACCGGGCUCCGCCGCGCCCACAGAGCCCGGCCCCGGGCUCCAGCCUCCGUCCGGAGCCGCCUGCCUGGCGCCCGGCUCCGGGGCGAGCCGUGCGCCCCGCUCCCCGCGCCGCGAUGGAGCCGCCGCCUUGCUCCAAGAAGAGCCUGUCCCUCUCCUUGCCCGUGCCCCGGGAGGGCCAGGCCACCCUCAAGCCCCCCCAGCACCUGUGGAGGCAGCCCCGGACCCCCAUCAAGAUCAAGCACCGGGGCUACUCGGAUACGGACCGGCACCCGCCCCGGCACAUCGAGCGGGCGGACGCCAUGGACACGAGCGACCGGCCGGGGCUGAAGAAAUCCCGCAUGUCCUGGCCCUCCUCCUUCCACGGGACCCCCAGCCACGGCACGAGCAAGCGGAGAACCAAGGGGUUUCCACCCACAAGAGAAAAAAUAUAAAAGGCCUAGAAACCCUCCAUCUUGUCUUCAAUCCUGCUUCUGACCUCUGGAGGAACCUUGCUGAAAACUGAAGCUCUGAACAAAGGACUGAAUGACCCAUCCCAGCUGGGGAUGUUCCAGAGACUUGAUUUGAACCUGCAGUUUAUUCCAUCACUGCUACAAGCCUGAACCAAGAACUUUGCCAUUUCUGUGUGUCAUUGAUUCCAUGUAAC